AUGUUGUCCGUCGCGUCCACGUACAAUCCACGUACGAGAUGCGGCGUUCAGGACUCCUCGAGCGUAGACGUAUCUGCACGUUCCCGACGGUCCGCCGCCACCCCAACCACGUGGGUCAAUUUGACGCAUUACGGUUACAGAAACAGAAGCUUCGAUUCGAGCCUAGAUUUCGAGGAGAAACCGAUAGAAGCUUGUCACGCUCUAUACUUUCUACUGGAUUUCUUUCAUCAGUACUACAUUCCCUCCAUCAUUUUGCUAGGCUUGGUAGGCAAUCUGUUGUCCUGCGUCGUCUUUCUAAACACACAUCUGAGAAUACGAAGCUCCAGCUAUUACCUGGCCGCCCUGGCCACCGCCGACUUUGGCUUCUUAGUCACUUUGCUUUUAGUUUGGUUGAACAACACGCUAGGAUGGAAGGUGUUCAAUAAAGAGGGUUGGUGCGAAACGUUGGUCUAUGUGAGCGCCGUCUGCAGCUCUUUGAGCGUCUGGUUAAUCGUUGCGUUCACGGUGGAGAGAUUCAUAGCUGUUCAGUACCCUCUGCACAGACCUCAUAUAUGCACUAUAGCCAGGGCAAAGACCAUCGUGCUGGUGUUGGUGAUCUUGGCUUUGGCCAGUCAUUCCUACUCCUUCGUCACGGCCGGAGUGAUCAACAGGGACGGUGAGGAUUAUUGCGAUCUGAAGGUCGAAUACUUGGAGACGAUGAAGAUAAUCAGCAUAAUCGACAGCAUCGCCAGUCUAAUCGCGCCGCUCGUACUCAUCAUCGUCAUGAACACUAUGAUCAUGAGGAACUUGUUGAGGUUCAGCAGACGAUUCAAGCAGUCUUCGACCACGUCCACGGACUACCCGAGCAGAGAACAGUCGGACAUCAAUCUGAAUCAGAUUCCGAGUGCCGGCAGCAGCAACAACGGCGCUGGCGGCAUUAAUCUGGGACCAGUGGUCGGAGGCCGACGGCCACCUUCGCAGCAAUCGUUUCACUCGUCCAAGAACAACCAUUCUCAUCACUCUCGGCAUCAAACCACGUCCGCGCCGUCAUCAACCCCACGAAACGCUUGUCAGUUACCCGAAAUAGCAACUCGCUGUAUACAUAUUAGAUCGUCCUCGAGAAAUCUCGUGUCGACGAGGAAUCAACAGAGCAUCACGAAAAUGCUGCUUCUCAUCAGCACCGUUUUCAUUCUUCUCAAUUUGCCGAGCUACGUGAUCCGACUGUGCGUAUUCUUCUUCACGCUGGCCCGCAAGAACACGCCCGACCUGCUCUGGUGUUUGCAGCAGUUCUUCAUGCUCCUCUAUUACACCAACUUCAGCAUCAAUUUCUUAUUGUACGCAAUGUGCGGCAUCACGUUUAGGCGUUGUCUGCAACAGUUGCUGCGCAAGAUACUGAAAACCAUGACCAGGUACCAUUGCAACCUACGACGAUAACGUAUAGGAGCGACGGAAACGCUUUUCGAGCAAAUUCAAGUAUACAACCACGGCGAUCCCAAUUGCGUCGCGCGACGCGCACCACCAUUAUGUUCGCCCGUUUCUCACCCUCGUUGUUACGUCGUCGUCGUCGUCGUCGUCUUCGUAGCGCCGUUCGAUUCGACCAUCCGUUUACUUCGACGAGCAAAACGACGCGUGUAACGCGAUCAAAUAUCCAUGUUGAACCGCUUUGUUCCGCUGUCGGAGGUACAGAGCGUGAAAAGUCUGAGAAACUUUUGCGACUACGUUGCUCGAUCGUGUAAGCGAGAAAUAAAAAUAGAAAAUAUUUACGAGUUUACGACGAUUACCGGUUAAUCGACGGUUAUGGACUGACAGACACGCGUUUUCAUCUUUGCAAGAUCUUUUGAAAUUUCGAGUAAAUGGUCGAUCCUCGACGAAGGAGAUUAUGCGCGAUUAUGUGCGAUUAUAUGCGAUUAUAUGCGAUUACCGGUGAUUUAAAUAAGUCAAAGACCUGCAUAUCCUACUCUAUCCUAUUCGAAACAGGAUAAAAGGAUAUUUAUAUGAAAAGCAAAAGGAUAAACUUGUAACUUUCAACGACCUCGACACCUCGGUUUGAUACACGCGUAUCUAGCAUAGCAUCCAUCUUGGAACGUUGCAUGGAAAAGUUCGCAGACUCGCUGUAAAAUUCGUUAUUUCUAUGUGGCAUUUAUUUGUAUCGUGGAAACUACGUAUCGAUGAUAGAAAUUAGACAAAUUAUACGAAACUACACGUGUAUCGUUACGCUUUGUCAGUGCUCCGACGUUCGAUCAAAUUUCCCAUUUGGAACGUUCGACCGAAUUACCUAUACGUAAGUAAACGAUAAAUGUCUCAACGUCUUCUAAACGUGUCUUUGUUUAAAUUAUAAAUUAUUUGUCUCGCACCGCUCAACAACAUCGUAAAAUACCAACGAAACUUGAAAACUGUCGAGCGUUUAAAAUUCAAUGGCUACCUAAUUACCUAAUUACCUAAUUACUUAAUUGUCUAAUUACCUAAUUACCGAUAGAGUAAAACUCGGCGUAAUCGAUACGCGAACGAGACGAGUUGGCUUACUGAACGAAAAGAUUGCUCUGAUAUAAUCGAUCGUUCGGUAGGUAAUUGGAACGAAACAGCUUCGUAAACAUUAUUAUUACGAACAACGUCGAUGUCUAUCUCGAGGCAAUUCUUGCACCCGCCGUAUCGCGUAGAGUCGUUGACAAAACUAGCAAAUCCGCGUUUCCGCUUUACAUCGUAUCGUAUUAUCGGAUUUCUUCGAUACUCGCGUAUUGUAAACGUAAAGAAAGUUGACGCGAGUGCGAUCGAAUCGACGUAAAUCGAAUUUUUCAACUUUUAUUCCAUAUCCAUAGAUAUUUCGUGCGUACAGAAUGUCUGAAAGAUACGAGACAAAUUCGCUUAUACGAAAUUCCCUACGAUAAAGAAAACCAUUUUUUUAGCGAAUUAUGUGAAUUAUAUACGUAUACAUAGCGAAAUACCUAGGUAAUUGUUUUAUUUUUUAUAUCGAGUUGUAGAAAUCGUUUUCGCGUUGUUCGAAGGCUGGAUUUCGAAGGAACGGCAUAUUUACCGAUAAUUAGCGUAACUGUAAAUAUCUCGACUAACGACUAACCGUAUAAUUUAGAUAUAAGGUAAAUAUUUUUAAAUAUACCCAAGACACUGAAAAAAUU